UCCCUCCCCACCGCCUCGUGCUGCCUGCACCCUCCUCGACGCUGCCCGCGCGGCCAGCGACCGCACCAGCGACCGCCUCUGCUCGCUCGCACAGCCGCAUUAUCUUCCUCGCUCCGUCGCACGCGCCGCGCACGUCUAUCGCGUAGCCAGUCGCCCUCCGCCCUUCCCCCGAGUCUUGCCAAAUCCGUCGGGCACCCAUUCCUGCAUGCGAGAACGCGUCCAUCGCCUCCAGCUCGACGACUUCACCCGAGACCUCCCUCUCCGCGCGCCCUCGACCAUACAUGAACGUUGUCCCCGGCGGCGACCUUCUGCGUCCGGGUGUGCCUCCGCUCGCACCGUCCAUGCUGAACAUGAACACGCACAACUUCAUGGCCCAGCAACAGCACCACCCGCAAGGGCAGCCUCCCCAGGGCCAUCCAUCGCAGAUGGGCCUCCUCCAAAACAACCCCAACCCGAACGCGAUGCUCGCUGGCGGCCAGCCGAAUAAUGCAGGAAACAAUCCGUCGACGAUGUACCAGCUUCAGAUCCAGCAGGCCAACCAGUUCGGCCGCCAGCAGGUUCUCAUGCAACAAGCGCAAAGCUCGCAGAACGGCCUCAGCCGCGCGGGUCCCCAACAGCUCAACGGCCAUGGUGGGCAUAACCCCCCUCACCCGGGCAUGGGCUUCACGAACGGUAUGAUGGGCCCUCAACAACAGCAGCAGAUGCGCCGUGUCGCCUCUCAGCCGACGCUGAACCAGGCUGGAGGGCAUAUGGGCGGCAUGCCUCAGGGGAUGGCGGGAAUGGGUAUGGGCCUGAACCCAGGACAGAACUUGGCGCAGCAUAUGCGGCCGCCCAUCCCGCAGUCGCACCUCAACAACAUGCGCGUCCAGCAACCGCCCCAGCACCCCAUGCAGGGGCACAUCUCCCCCGAUAUGCAGAUGUCCAUGAACAGGCCGCCUCAGAUACCGGGCAGCAACGGCCUCCCGCCACAUCGGACGACGUCCGCUCAGCCGCACAUGAUGAACAAUCUGGGGCAGCCUUCCGGCAUGCCGCAGCAGCAGCAUCCUGGCGGGAUGCAGGGCCCGAUGCACCAGAGCGCGUUCAAUAGCGCAAUGCUCCAACAUCACCAGCCUCCGCAGCUGCCGGGCGCGUCCCCGCACCCAGGGGCCCAUUCGCAGAAUCAUACCCCCGCGAACUUCGGACCCAACAUGCCCAUGGGUAAUGGCCCGCCUUCGCAACCUCCGGCGAAUAGGCAACAGCCGCCCGGAGACAAUGGAAUGCUCAUGGGCUUCCCGAAUCCGCCAAUGCAACCGAAUCUUCCGCAGGUGCCUCGAAUACCGCAGACUGUCAAUCCGUUCCCUUUCGGAUCGUCGUCCACGUCGCCGAAUCCACCUGGGGACAUGUCACAGAAUGUCGGCGGGGGGCAGAUGAAUGGGCCAGGGCCCGGUCCGGGGCAGCAUCCUCAGCAUCUGCCGACGCCUGCCCAGCUCGUCGACCGCAUGAAUCCUUCGACCAACGACAACUUCCCCUCACAAUACAACCUCCAGCAGUCGCAGGCGAACGUACCGACGCGGCCGCCAUCGCAGCAACACGCGCCACACCCUGGCUUCUCCCUUCCACCGCAACAACCCCCACAUCCUCACCACCAAUCUCCGCGUCCCGCUGACCCGAUGAAUCAACAUAUGGCGCAGCGGCCACGAUCCCAGCAAGGGCAGCAAAGGCAGUCGCCACCCCAGCCAGGCUCCUCUCGGACGCCUAGGGUCUCGCAGCAGCCACUUCCAAACAACAUGAUACCCCCUCGAAUACCGAUGCCUCCUGGCGGACCGAACCCGCCAGGACCGUCGCAGCAGCCGCAGCCAGCUCAGCCGCCGACACAAGGAGCACCAGGAGCACCGGCGCCGUCAGCGCAUCCCGUGCAAAUCGCGCCGAGGCAGCAGCCGGGGCCGCCUGGUCCGAGCGCUCCUCCGCCAACUGCGUCCGGUCCUGCGCAGGGCCAGCCAGAUGGACCGCCGCAUCAUCCGCCGCAACCUCCGCAAUCUGCUGGGCCCCCGCCGCAGGCCGCGCCACCGCAGGUGUCGCGCCCAGUAUGGGUGCUAGGGGCGGGUCAGGCGAUUUCGAGGCUGGUGAGUAUGAGCGGUGAUAUGGCGAUGAACAGGCCAUCGAGAGAACUGCCGUACUGGGAAAGUUUCGUGAGGAAGUAUUUCAUGCCGAAGGCGACUAUGAAAAUCACGCUGUGGAAGGACAAUCAGCGCCAGGAGGCGAAGCCGUUUGAGAUUGGGACCCCGAUCCUCCCGCGAUUCUUCCAGGUCACGACGCAAUCCGGGGUUCAAAGCAUGUCCCUGUCCUUGGAUGGCGCACGAGAGCGGGCGACGAACAACGUGCGCGCCGUCGUGGAGUGCCCCGACGCGCUGUGGACGUUCCGCUACCUCAACGGGUACACUGUCGUGCUCAAGGGCCCGUUCACCGCGAACGUCGUCGCUGUCACCGAGCCGCAGAUGCAGAACUACACUCUGCGGAUCGAGAGCUUGAUCUUCGACGCGCUGACGCACGAGAAACUCAUCAACAUCGACUCGAUAGAGGGUACGCGGAUAGCCUCGUCUCCGGCGGCGUCGCAGGGCAUGGGGGAUGUGGACCCGAGGUAUGAGGAGCCACGGACAGUCAUCGAGCGUGCGUCUUUCCCGGCAGAGCCUAUCAAUGCGUUCGGUAUCCCGCAGGCUACGAUGAGGUGUCUGGAGUUGGCAGAGAGCGUCACACAGAUGGGCGACUUGAUCCAAUUCUCAGCGUCGCAGCAGAUGGGUCCGAAAGAAGCACUGUCCCGAUACGCCGAGCGAUUGCGUGAGAAUUACAGGCAAGCAACGGCGGGUGAAUUCAAGCCGGACCUUGGACCAAAAUCCAAUCUCCCAGGUCGACCCGGUCCCGGCACGAAUGCGUUGGACGGAGUCAACGGUGGCGUCCCACCGACACCUCCAUCUUCCAUGUACCCUGGUACGCCCAGCUCGUCUUCGAUGCAGCAAGGGCAAGCCCCUCCAACACCUCAAAAUCCGCCACACGCGGAGCCCGGCAAACAGGGUAAAGGAAGUCAGCAACAGGCGUCCAGCCAGAACAUGGUGUCGACACCAGCGUCAGCAUCAACACCAGCGGCAGCACAGACGCCCGGUGGGCCGACGACUCCGGCGAUGGCGAGUGCGCCGUUGAAGCGCAAGGCUGGGCAGCGGGCAGAACCCGAGUCCCCAGCCCUCGCGAACAGUGCUACCGACCCACAACCGCCGCCGGCGAAGCGGCCGACGCGAAAACGCCCGCGGACAGGGACACAAGGUGGUGGAUAGGAUAUCGUUAUCGUCUCAUUCAGUCUGUUGUUUUUCUAGCUUGCUGUCGGUCGUGCAAUCACUGGUCCAUCGAUACUCUACUCAUCAUUAGCAUAGAUAUCCUGUA